AUGCGCUUCAACUCCGUCCUCGCACUCGCGGCGCUAAUCCAGGCUGUUAUAUCCGCCCCUGUCCCCAGUGGCGCAGAAACUGCCGCCGACGCCGCCAAUAAAAUCGCCACUGCCGCCUCUGCCCCUUCAGGCACCACGAUCACCGGGGGAGUCGCGGCCGUCGGCGCUACGGGUUACGUAUUGAACGAUAAAGCCAAGAACGAUGGAAAAGCAAAUGCCGAUGAAGCCAUGAAUACCGCCAGUGAAGCCAUGGCAACCGCCCAGAAGAUAGGCUCCAUGGAUCUCGAGAGAGAAGCCCUAACUGUUAAACAAGACGCCCGCGAUAAAAAAGCGGCCGCUGGCUUAAUGUCAACCUUGAAUCCGCUAUCGGGAUAUAAAGCUAGUAAGAUGGGAGCAGAGGUCCUACCUAAGGCAAACGAAGUGAAAACAAAAACCGAGAACGCAGAGAUUGGCGCCAACCAGCAACAAGGGGGCAGUUCGUGUAAGAGGGAUGUUACUGGCGCGUGCAAUUUACGCCAGCAGCCUUCUUCCCAGCCGCCUUCUUCUCAGCGGUCUUCUUCCCAGCGGUCUUCUUCCCAGCCGCCUUCUUCUCAGCGGUCUUCUUCCCAGCAGCCUUCUUCCCAGCGGUCUUCUUCCCAGCAGCCUUCUUCCCAGCGGUCUUCUUCCCAGCCGCCUUCUUCUCAGGUCAAGACGGGCAAGUCUUAUGCUGAUGCUCUCAAGAGUGGCCUUCCUGACGCUACUCCAAAGGUUGCCACUACUCCAAAGGUUGCCACUACUCCAAAGGUUGCCACUACUCCAAAGGUUGCCACUACUCCAAAGGUUGCCACUACUCCAAAGGUUGCCACUACUCCACAGGUUGCUGCUGGUUCUCAAAGGUCAACCGGGAAGACACCCAAGGCGCCUACAGGAAAAGGUGGCCGCUAA